AGAGAAACCCGAGGCGUUGCGUCAUUCAAUUUCUCAUCUGUACUGAGAGUAGUAAUGCCUGAGCCGAAAGCAGCCCCUGCCCCGAAGAAGGGCUCGAAGAAGACUGUUUCUAAGAGCCAAGCGAAGGGUGGGAAGAAACGCAGAAAGUCCAGGAAGGAAAGUUAUUCCAUCUAUGUGUACAAGGUAAUGAAGCAAGUUCACCCUGAUACUGGCAUCUCUUCUAAGGCGAUGGGGAUCAUGAAUUCGUUUGUAAACGAUAUCUUUGAGCGCAUCGCUGGUGAGGCCUCACGUUUAGCGCACUACAACAAGCGCUCAACCAUUUCAUCUCGGGAGAUCCAGACUGCUGUGAGACUUCUUCUACCGGGAGAACUUGCUAAGCAUGCUGUGUCUGAGGGCACCAAGGCAGUUACCAAGUACACCAGCUCGAAGUAAGCAACAUCUGUUUGAAACCAACGGCUCUUUUCAGAGCCACCCACAUAAUCCAAAA